UCUACUGUCAGACUGCGCUUCACACAAGUCCAUAUGCAUGGGAAAAUGCGCCUGUGCUGGGAUGCUGUGAAAUCUAAAGCACUGCACAUGGAUUCAGCAUAUCAGAGAGCAUAAGAAAGAACUGGAUUAUCCACUAUUGGACAUUUCAGAUUGGACCAUCUGUUAUUCAUAUUCCACUGUGGAAGAUGGAUAGAUUUCUGCAUGGUACUAGUCGCUGAGACUGGACUUCAGUAGGGCUACUGAACUGGCCAGAGAUUGAUUUUUGGAUCUUUUAGUUGUGGAUGUAACAGGAGCACAGUUAUUUCAUCAGUCCCUGUCUAUCAGGCUUUAUCAUGACCUCUCUAACAGGGAAUAAAGAAAGAUCUGGGACCAGGAGUAGAAAAUAUGGGAUGACCGAUUCAUCCCCUACGAAGUCAGCAUCAUUCUCUCCUGAAACCUGGUACCGAAAGGCUUAUGAGGAGUCUCGGAGCGCCAGUCGCCCGGUCCCUGAAGGUGCGGGCUCCAUGCCCGGGUCCUCUGGAACCCCGUCCCCCGGAUCAGGAAUAUCAUCCCCGGGCUCUUUCUCCGGCUCACCCGUUACUAUAUCGCCUGGAAUCAGCACCGGUUCGCCCGGUUCUUUAGGCGGAUCUCCAGGGUUCGGCACUGGUUCUCCAGCCUCGGGUAGCGGGAGCUCACCUGGUUCUGAUCGGGGCAUCUGGUGCGAGAACUGCAACGCACGGUUGGUGGAGCUGAAGAGACAGGCAUUAAAACUACUCAUUCCCGGACCCUUCUCUAGCAAGGAUCCCUCCUUCUCCCUGCUGAUCCAUGAUAAACUGCAGGUGCCCAACAGCACACGCAAGGCGUGGAACGAGCGUGACGGUCGCUGUGACGUGUGUGCCACCCACCUGAGUCAGCUGAAGCAGGAGGCCGUCCACAUGGUGCUGAGCCUGGAGCAAUGUGAUGUAUCUCCUGGCUCUCCUCCAUCCCUGGCCUCCCUGGUGGGAUCCCGCAGCAUCCUCCAGGGUCCCACACCACCUCGAGACUGGGCGUUUCUCCCUACAGGUUACCAUUCCUCAGCCUCCUCCAUCUCUGCUACCGUUUCUGCCACCACCUCCAGUUCUACCCCAACAAUCACCAAUGCAAGCAACGGCGGCAGCUCCCACCAUCCAGCCCACCCCAAACACGAAUCCAAACCCAACAGUCUUGGGGUGAGCAAUGGUGUGGAGAAGAAGAACAACUCGCCAGGCCAUGCAGGAAAGUCCACAGGACCGCAACAGCCUCAUCUAUCCAGCAGCCCCAACAACACUAAUGGAACUGUGUUGAGUUCUGUCGCACUCCAAGCUCACCAGCACCUGGACGGCACCUGGACAUCUGGACACCUGUCAAGAGCCAAUGGCGUCACACUCUAUCCUUUUCAGAUUUCUCAGAUGGUGUCAGAAGGCAACCGGGAGGGUCUUAAUGAAGCCGCGCUCAACCGCUAUAACACCGACCGACCCAGUGCAUACAGCAGCCCUGCUGCGCCACCUCCUGCCCCGGUCACCACAGCGCCCUCCAGUGGCACCUCCGCUGCUGCAUCCUUCUUUGCCAGGGCUGCCCAGAAAUUGAAUCUAUCUUCCAAGAAGAAGAAGCAGCUCCCUGCGCCCCCUGUGGCAUGUGAUCCACCCCUUUUUCCCACCAACUUCAGCGGCAUCCUGCAGGUGUCUCCGCCCCCUGCUCCGCCCUGCCUCUUACGGGCAGUCAACAAAGUUAAAGACACUCCUGGCAUGGGCAAGGUUAAAGUGAUGGUACGCGUAUGUCCUUCAUCGCCUGUCAGCGCAGCAGAGUCCAGCUCGUUCCUGAAGGUCGAUUCUCGUAAGAAGCAGGUGACCAUCAUGGAUCCAGCAGUUAAUUCUCAGCAGAAUCAAACUCAGAAACGUGGCAGCUCCAACCAGGUUCCUCCAAAGAUGUUUGCAUUUGAUGCAGCCUUCUCCCAUGAUGCCUCUCAGGCAGAGGUUUGUGCAGGAACUGUGGCUGAGGUCAUCCAGUCUGUAGUCAAUGGAGCGGACGGCUGUGUAUUUUGUUUCGGACACUCCAAACUAGGCAAAUCCUACACUAUGAUCGGCAAGGACGACUCCAUGCAGAGUUUAGGGAUCAUCCCGUGUGCCAUCUCCUGGCUCUUCAAACUGAUCAACGAGUGCAAGGAAAAGACAGGCGCACGUUUCUCCGUACGAGUGUCGGCUGUGGAGGUCUGGGGAAAAGACGAGAACCUGAAAGAUCUGUUGUCGGAGGUGGCAACAGGCAGUUUGCAGGAUGGUCAGUCUCCAGGAGUCUACCUCUGCGAGGACCCCAUCUGUGGGAUGCAGUUACAGAAUCAGAGUGAGUUGCGCGCUCCUACGGCUGAGAAGGCCGCUUUCUUCUUGGAUGCUGCCAUUGCUGCACGUUACAGCAGUAAGCCAGACUACGACGAAGAGGAGCACCGUAACUCUCACAUGCUCUUCACCCUACACAUCUACCAGUAUCGAAUGGAAAAGACCGGCAAGGGUGGAAGUGAGUAUCAUUAUAGAGAUAGUAAGCUAACAAUGCUGUUACGUGAGUCCCUGGGAAACAUGAAUUGUCGCACCACUAUGAUAGCCCACAUUUCCUUGUCACCCAGCAACUUCUCAGAGACACUCUCUACCCUUCAAAUCGCCUCUCGUGUUCUUAGGCUGAAGAAGAAGAAGGCUAAAGUAAGCGUGCAAUACACAUCCAGUUCCUCUGGUGGUGAGAGCUCAUGUGAGGAAGGAAGAAUGCGUCGCCCAACACAGCUGAGAACCAUCCAUUCUAGAAAUGUUGUUGAUUCAGAGAUGCCCCUGCUACACCUCUCCAGUGACCCUGAAGAGUAUUCCAGCAGCGAACAGUCAUGUGACACAGUUAUCUAUGUAGGUCCAAAUGGCUCAGCCCUCUCAGACAAAGAGCUAACAGACAACGAAGGUCCUCCAGAGUUUGUUCCUAUAAUCCCAUCUCUACAUAAAAAUAAAGCAGAUCUUGGCAAGGCUUCUUUGACAUCACAACCAUCUCAACAGGUUGUGGCCCCACUAGAUCAAGCCUCACAGUCUGUCCAACCCUUGCAGACCAUUAAUCCCCAGCCACUCCCACCUUUGCCAGAGGAAGGUGCUGAGCCAGGUAAAAAGGAAAAAGACUGCCUUAAGUGCAACACUUUUGCAGAACUCCAAGAGAGGCUGGACUGCAUUGAUGGAAGAGAAGAGGUUACGAAAUUCCCUUUUGAAGAAGUCCCUGCCAACAGAGCUGCCAAAUUUGAGCCUGGCCAUGGUCAAGUUGUUAAAGGGGGUCAGCAAUCCAGUUCUCCCAAGAGGAUCUCUGACCAGCAGCUGGAGGAGAUCCGUGAGGUGGUUGAAGAAGCAGAGAUCGCUCAGUCAAUAAUUGAAAGCUUGACACAGUCUUCAACAGGCAGUUGUGGACUCUCCAGCAGCAGAAGUGUGACUGGCAGCAGUGGUAUUUGGCAACUAACUCCUCUUCACAGAGCUAAGAGCUCCAGUUUACAUGACAGCAAAGAAUCCAUCAGUGGGGGAAGCAGCAGUGAGAGUAAACCUCGUCCUAUGGGUUCCCCACGGUUGGGCAUUGCCAGUCUUACUAAAACCUCAGAGUACAAACCACCAUCCUCUCCCUCUCAACGCUGCAAAGUGUACACCCAGAAGGGAAUAAUGCCUGGCACACCACCUCACUCCUCACAUAAUCUUAAUAAAGACUCUAGAAAAUCAUCUACAGAGUCUUUGCUUAAUCCUGAGUCUAGAACCUCUCCGGUGGGGAUGAGCCCACAGGUCCUAAACAGAUCUUCAUCAUCCAAUAGCCUUGGAUCAGCUGAGACACUGUGUGAUGAUGUUCCCCAGCUGCCUUUGGACAGUAAGAAAAAUGUGAAGGAUACCACAGCCACAGUUACACUGGAGCAUCCUUUGGAACCCAGUGGAGAGGAUGAGCUGGUGUUUACCCUUGUGGAAAAGCUGACAAUUAGUGGGGUGAUGGAAAAUGGCAGACCAACCAGUAUUAUCAGCUUUAACAGUGACUGCUCGGUGCAGGCUAUGACAUCGGGUUCAAGACCUGUUAGUAUAAUUAGCAGCAAGAGUGAAGACCUAGAACAUUACACCACAGCUCCCUGCACUACCACCGCCACUAUCUCACAAGUCAACAUUGCUAAAUUCCUGCCUCUCCGCAAGAUAGAAGGGGACGCCCAGGCUAGUCGUCGUUCCUCAGUCAGCUCAUGGCUGAGUGAAAUGAGUGCUGGCAGUGAUGGCGACCAGUCAUGCCAUAGCUUUGUUGCCCAACAGUGCUUUGGACAAGGUGAGGCAAUAGCCGAAGACAGGCUUUUAGAAAUUCAAGAAGAAGGUGACAUAGACCCCGAGUCAAAUGACCAAAAGAACUCAGACAAAGAGAGUGAUUCCAAUAAAACUGAAGUGAAUGAUAAAAACACAGCUAAACACAAACUAGACCAGCUGUCAUCAACCUCAAGUGGCUAUGUUCCUUUUAAGACCAAUAUCACAACUCACCCAUGUGCUGCUGUUAAGCCAAUAGUUGUGCAGGACUUACAAACAAAAACCCCUCUAGUCAAAGAUCCCAAAUCACCACCUGUUCCAUUCUUAAGUGAGAUACAUUUUGAUGACCCUUGGAUGAAAAGGGAGGGAUGUGAAGAGACCAAGCCUUUGGAGAUGGUCUGUGAUAUCAAGUCAGAGAAGAGAACAUCUGAAUCUGUAAAAAGGAAGUGGCAAGUUGACAAGCACAGCUCAAGUGAAGCAGCAUGUUCCCCUGAUUCAAUGAACCGGGUGGUGGAUGGCUGCGAGAUGGUCUUCAAUGCAUCCGAAAGCAUAAUUCAAGUGUACUCUGCAGACAUCCUCAGGACGGGUAGUCUCCCUCGUGCAUGGCAUCGCUUGAAUAAGCAGGACGAUCUGGAAGACCCUACAUAUCAUUACAUGAGUGGAGAGUAUAAAAGCCUUGGGGUUACCACUUCCACUCCCUGCAGUCCAAGAGCCACACUCGAAAGAAGAAGUUCAGCAGGGAGGCAAGGCAUCUUUGCUCGUCAGAAAGGAAUCCCACCAUUGCCACCUGUAAGGAAGUCUAGCCUUGACCAGAGGAAUCGAGCAAGUCCACAGCAUAGUCCAGGAAAUUCUCAGACACCAAACCAGCAUCUGUCUUUCCUUGGCAGCACACCUGAAGACCUGGCCGGUAAACACAAAGGACCAAAUGUAGAGAGCAGCAGACUCUUCAGUGCCAAACUUGAGCAGUUAGCAAACAGAACCAAUUCCUUAGGGAGGUCUCAUGGGGCACAUUAUGACUGUCAUUCCUUAGAGAAGGCUGAGAGUUUGACCUAUCUAGGCUCUAAAGGAGGAGUUACAAAAGACAGUACAAUGCCAAGGACAGGUAGGAGCAUCACCCGUGGUUUGCUCUCAUCACCUACCAAUGGACCAAAUGGUAAUAAUAAUGCCCCACAAUUACCCAAAGCAAGUCAAUCCAAAAUCUCUGCAGUUAGCAAACUCCUUAUGGCAAGUCCCAAAGCUCGAAGCUUAUCAACCUCUUGCACAAAGACCCUAAGUUUCUCCACCAAGUCCCUCCCACAGUCAGUGAACCGAAGCUCAAGUUUGCCUCCCAAUGGAAAGAACCAGAACCAAAAUUCAUGGUCAACUCAGUCCUUAAGUCGCAGCAGGGGGACAGGGUUAGCAUCUAAGCUACCUUUAAGAGCAGUGAAUGGACGAAUCUCUGAGCUCCUUCAAGGUAGCGCUAGCUCUCGUGCUGCCCAAGGACGAGGGGCUUCAGACACUGAGGAGAGAGGAGCAGCAGUCCAAGGAGAGGAAAGGCCGGUGGUCCAUACUUUGCCCUCACCUUACAGUAAGAUCACCGCCCCAAGAAGGCCUCACCGUUGCAGUAGUGGACAUGCCAGUGACAACAGCAGUGUUCUAAGCGGAGAGCUUCCUCCAGCCAUGGGAAAGACUGCUUUGUUCUACCACAGUGGCGGCAGCAGUGGCUAUGAGAGUAUGAUACGAGACAGUGAGGCCACAGGAAGCACAUCAUCUGCUCAGGACUCGAUGAGUGAAAACAGCAGCUCUGUCAGUGGUCGCAGGAGCCUUAAGAAUUCAAAGAAAAGAAGUAAUACAGGGUCCCAGAGACGCCGUCUAAUCCCUAACCUCACCUUAGACACCACCUCUCCCGUGAGAAAGCCGAUCAUCAGUCCAGGAGUACGCUGGGUGGAUGGUCCCCUCCGGCCAACACAGAGGGGUUUAGCUGAACCUUUCGAGAUUAAGGUUUAUGAGAUUGAUGAUGUUGAACGUCUACAGAGGAGGCGGACCGUAGGCAAUAAGGAAGUGGUAUACUUUAGUGCCAAACUGAAGAUCUUAGAGUAUCGGCAACAGAGAAUCUCAGAGGUGCGGGCCAAGUACGAUUGGCUGAAGAAGGAACUAGAGCAAACCAAACAACAUCUGAUGCUGGAGCCAGAGAAAUGGACCACUGAAUUUGACCUUCAGCAGACGUUUGAAGUGGACUCUCUGGAGUACUUUCGUCGUUUUCGAAAAUGGCUUGCUCGCUUGCUGUGA